GUGGACCCCCGGUUUAUUGGUUUCUCUUUAUUUCGGCCCAUUAGGUGUCAACUCUCGUCAAGAGACAUCACAGUCAAGAACGGUUACGCACCAUUCUUGUUGCAGCAGCCCAGCAGCUGGGGAGCGGUGUACUUCCCCAAACCUUGGAGAGAAUUCCGACGGUUCUUUGAUGAAACAAAGAACUUGGACAUUAAGGUGAAGAUGGGUCGUGGUCAGCCUGAUCCUGAUAGUAAUUUGUGGGAUUAUCUCACCUCGUGGAAGAAGUACCUAAUAUACUACAUGCACACCCAUGGAUGGUACAUGAUGUAUCCGAACUUUCCCAAAAAUCUUGUGCUUUCCACCAGCCGUCACCUGGCUGGAGAGCAUAGGACCCCGUCAAAAAAGAAGUUUGUUCUUCCACUUGUUCGACCGAGGCACAUGGAAGACGAAGCGGUAAGGAACUCUGUCUGGAACUUUCCGAGUAUGGAAAGCAUGAAAAUGUAUGAUGUUAUGUUU